GCAUGAAGGUGGCUGCGAGGUGGGGACAUGGAGUGGGGCACAUCACACCCCCCUGCCCUUUUUGAAGAACCCCCCCACCCCUCUGAGCGGUUCAGCCGGGCUAGGAGGGCUGAGAUGUGCCCCAGGGAGUCAGAGAUAUGGGGCUGCCACCUGCCUGCAGGCAGCGGUGUGACACUUGGGGACACUGGCGGCAGCCGUAAUGCUGCACCCGGGGGUUCCUAGCGUCGUGGUGGUGUUCGGGUGGCAUCGUGUGUCUCCCGCACACGCCCAUCCCUCCUGCUUGCGCGCGGCUAUGCCACUGCCUUGGUGACAGUCCCGGCCAUGCCCUCCCACCUCACCAGGUCUUUGAGGUGGGUUGGGGACCCUGGGGGGGUGACUGGAGCCCCCCAUUGGGGUGACUGGAGCCCGCUGCUUGUCUCACUCUGCGGUUGACGUGAGUCAGCAGCACACUGAGCCCUGAUGCUGGCCCUGCUCCUCGCCAGGAGACAGCCGAGCUGGGCAAAGAGGCACUGGCCCCAGAGCGAACAGCAGGGACCCCCAUCCCUGGGACAGCUGAGGAGACCACCGGCGCCCCCACGGAAGAACAGGGUGGCAUCCCCAUCCCCACUGCCAGCCUGCUGCAGGUCACCGAACGGAGACAGCCGCUGAGCAGUGUGUCCUCGCUGGAGGUGCACUUUGACCUGCUGGACCUCACAGAGCUGACUGACAUGUCAGACCAGGAGCUGGCUGAGGUCUUUGCUGAUUCUGACGAGGAGAACGUAGCCAGUGAGUCGCCUAGUGGGCUGCACCCGCAGGCUAUGCCACGGGCAGGGUACCUGCGCUCACCCUCCUGGACCCGUGCACGCGAGCAUGGCCGGGAGAAGAAGCACCUCAGCGAUUCAGAGCUGCAGCCCGGCACCCUGGACACCUUCCUGGCGGUGGAGCAGCCACAGCAGGAGUAGGAGCAGCCCCAGCUGGUGGGGACAGACACGGGGACACGCAGGGAUGGGUGCUUUGCCUUGUCCCCAGCACUUUCUGACCACGUUCCCCACUCCCCGCCCCAGGAAAAGCCGUGCAGGACAAAGGACUCACUAUGGGACAAGUGGCGUGACCGGGCGUCGUGGGGUGGCAGCUUCAGACCAUGGGUACCAAGCAAUGCCAAAGCUGGUGGCUCGGUGGGGAGGGGGAACUGGCCCCCUCGGCCCUGUAGCACAAUGGGGGCUGCACUACCCGGCCCCCACCUCCUUCCCGCCGUGGUCCCAGUGUGGCAGGACCAGGAGCCGUGCAGUGUCUGCACUGUACCGCCCGCCGCCAUGUAGCAGUUGUGUAUACUGGUAAAACCAACCGACCUAUGGCCA